UGGAGACCAGAGAUGAUGGAGAACAGGGCUGCGCCGCUGACAGACGGUGAAUAAAAAGCUGGGAUUGCCCGUUAGCUGCAGAUUAACAGCCCGUCGUUGUUUGGCUGCUUUUGUCGGACAGCUUAGUGUUACACAGCGGCUUCAUCAGCUAGCCGCUGGUCAUGUUAGCUAAUCAGCUGCCGUGUUGGUAGCAGAACAGCGGAAUGCCGUUUGGGAUCUACCUGAUCGUUUCCACCUUAUUUUAACCUGGUUCAUUAUUGCAGGUGCAUGAGGCCUUUGGGUGCUGCUGGGAGAACCCAUGGAGCCAGACGUCAUACCCUUGAACUCGUCCUCCCCGCCUCUGAUGGAUGAUGAUGGUGACGGGGAGGUGGCAUCAGAGGAGGAUGAGUUCAGGGACUUUUCUCUUGGGAUGUCCUGCUCCUCUCUCGGUUUUGCUGACGGUACUAAGCCAACUUCUAGUUUGAGACCUCCUUCUCCUACCAUAGAACCAGCCACCCAUCAACCUGGCUGCAGCUCUAAUCACCCAGUUGAACAAUCCCAGCCUACAUCCAAAGUGAUGUUGGAGGCCAGUAAGACUCAAAUGGAUGUGGGAGGAAAGGAUUGUAAUGCUGAACCUUCUUUGCACCUCACAAACGGAUUUGCUCAAAGUGAGCAUAGCUCUGGGGGCCACACUGCUUCUGUAUUGGGUGGUUGGGCUCCUGUGGAGGAAACAGGGUUUGCUGAUUUCACUGUGUUUACAGAGCAGACAGGACACCCCUGGUGUUGUGGCUUCUCUCCAACAGGCAACACAGAGCAGAAGGACGGCAGAGCAAGAGGGACUAACAGCAGCUUUAGUGACCAAAUCUGUGAUUCAGGACAGGAUGUUAUGGAGUCUGAGUGCAGCUCUCAUUGUGCACACAAGGCAAAACAAAACAUCCUGACUGAGAUCAAGGACUGUGAGAAAAGAGAUGCAGCACUUGUGCAACAAUCUCAGGUCCAUCAUGAGCCUCAGGAAGCUGCAGGAGCUUUGAAUUUUCCAUCUGAAGAGGAGGCGCUAGACAAGCCUGGGGAUAGUCAGAGGGACAGGAGGCAUAGUUUUAAUUCUUCUCAAACCUCUGAGGUACAGGAGGAUGGAGAUACAGAAGAAAUCUUUCAAACGUGCAUUAUGUAUGAGCCUACUUCAGAGGACUUGGCAUCCUUCAGUGAUGAUUUGUCAUUUGAAGGUGCUUCUGCCGACUUGGAACCAAAUGUUUCAUCCCUUGCUUCUCAAGACGAUCAAACUGAUUGGGACCAGUUUGAUGAAGAGGACGAAGAUCUGGGAAGCUCCGGACGUUUGGACUCUUUUGUUAACAGCAGUGUGGCGAACCUCAACCAGACUCAGUCAGACAUGGGUUUUCAUCACUGCAACCAAAAUGCGACUCAGGAAACUUCUGCUACCUCCAAUCCGUCACCAUCUGGAACAAAUUUGCAAAACAGAUUUGCUGACUUUACUGACAGCAGAUUUGAGCAUCACAGGGACCAAGAAGAUGUUCAAACAGCUGAUGCAGGGGUGCAGAUUCUGGGAAAUCUCCCACUGAGUGACAGCUUUGCAGAUUUCUGCUCAGCGCCCACGCAGGUGGAUGGAGGGGGGUCGUGGGCAGAAUUCAACGACCAGAGUCCAGAGGAUGGAAAAAGCUGGACACAGUUCAGAGCGCCAGUCAGCAGCCUGCAGACUGAUGGGGACGCUGAGGAGGAGGAUGAGCAGGACAGAGCGGAAAGAACAAGAAGGAACAGCUGUCAGGCUUCACUGUCCUGCCGUGUCCAGGAGCUCCUCCAGGCCAGUUUCCCAGAGGUAGUGGUCCCAGCUGUGGCAAGUGAGAAGGAGCUGCUUGGCCUCAGUGCUUUGGUUCAAGCUCAGCAUCUCUCUGAGAGUGACGAGGACAUGCCAGACCUCAGCAGUGCUCAGCGGAUUCAGCAGGAGAUGUUGAGGCUGCAUGAGGACAUCCACAGUGCAGUUGGACUCCAGUUUCAGUGGGGUGGCUCCCAUACUAACAGGACCCUGCUCAGUUGCCUUGGCAUGAACACAAGAAACAUUGUGUUCAUUGGGAGGAACAAGCAGCCUGUGACUGUUCCUGCUUUUGCAUCCGGUCUGGGAAUGCUUGAGCCCACCACCAAAGACUCUGUGCCAGCUGUCUGUUCUCCAGGACAAGCAGCUGUUACAGCACAAGCACCUCCAGGGCCCCGGGACAUACCCGACCCCUCAAUACAUUCAGUGCAGGAGGAGCUCCCUUGCAGCCAGCUGGACUGGAGCAGUCGUGGCCUUAGCAGCUCUCAGGACGGUACGUCCCCUCGCCGAGCCCCUCACUUCUGGGGUCGGAGGUAGACUACCAGCCAUCCCCUACAUGGCUUCUAUUAAUAAAUAGAGAAUUUACUCUGGGCUCCUCACUUCCUUCACAGCAUGUGCUUUUUCUUUGAAUUGACUGUUUCCCCUCUGCAGUAAUGUGUGACCACAACAUUUUCCUUUAUAAAUAAUUUCCUCUGAAGAAUAUCGAUCACCCAGUAUUUUGAAAUCCUGACCAAAAACAGGGGAAACACUGUGCUGACCUACCUUUUUCCUCUCUCCUUCACACUAUUCUGUUGUCACAUCUGUACCAGCUGUUCUGUUCAUAAAUAAUUUAUCUCAGUAUUUCAGUCCCAUUGAGGGGAAAAUUUCAAAUGUACAAACACCUGAUGUGUGAGAAGCCGAAUGAAGACACGAUGUGCAUACUGAGAUGUUACUUGCCUGUUUUGUGGUCCUCUGGGGUUUUUGAUCCACUGGGAAUUUCACAGUAGUGCUAAAUUAAUGAUUUUUGCACAGCAUCUAAUACUGAUCUGAUCUUAAUUUGUUGACUCACUGAGCGUGAACGUAACAUGUACUCCAGUGAUUUAAUGGAUUUGUUAAUCCUAAGGACCAAUUUUUUUUGUAUUGGUGGUAACUGUGGAGGUUAAACUCCUACCUCCUUAGUAUUAAUAUCGUCAACCUGUUGCCCAUUGCGUGACUAAAUUGCUCUAAUUUUUAUAAAUAAUUUUUCAUGCCUUCAAUCAUUAGACAUUUUUUUUUGGUAAAGGCAAAUCAAAAGAGACUCGUCUACACAGAUAAUGCAGUGUUUUGUGUUUUUGCUCAGGAACGUUUUAUUAAGUUAAUGAGAAUCCCGAGUUAAUGAAGUAAUGUUUAGUUUUAAUUUUUGCAGUUUUCAGAUGGUUUGUAUUCAUCCUAAAACUUAAACUUAUAAUUUUGAAAUGAUUAAUUAUUCUCUUUGCUAAAAACAAGGUGUGAUCCACAGAUAACAGCAAAUUAGAUUCAAAUUCGGCCGCUCUCCCUUCAGUAGUCUCCCUGUGUGCAUCUGGAUCACUUCCAGCACAGCUGCUAUUUUUAUAUUGUUCCCUGGACGUCCAGUUCUGACUGCCUAAUUUCACCAUGAAUCUCUAACUGUUAGAAAGGGCAAAGAUCAAUUUCUGUAUAAACAUACCCAGUUUAGGAUUAUCUGUUUUUAUCUGAUGAUGAGAGCUGGGUCUUUGGAUAUGACCAAGACACCAAACAGUAGUUUUCAGUUGAAGAGUCCACUGGCCAAUUCCCAAAAGCCAACCACAAGCGAGCUCAUCAUUCGCAGCAUCACCCACCGCAGGUUCAUUCCUGAGCUUCAGUGGACUGAAGAGUUUGAGGGAGAAUGUUUGGUGCAAACGACCUGACCUGUGUCACAUGCCACGUUUUUAGCCAGACCAACACAAUCUUUGCUCAACACCCAUCAUAUGCACCAGAUUUGGCUUUUAGCAACUUCAUCGUCUUCCUCAAAAAGUGAUUCAAGUUGUAAAGUCACCUUUUUGACUCAAUGAAAAGGGACGUCCAGAGAUUUCCAUGGAUCCAUCUGGAGGACGCACAAAUGCUGUUAAUGGUUUAGAGGUGCACAAGGAGAUGGUCUUGAAGGGGACCUCAGUUAAAUAUAAGUGGGAUACAGGUUUUUUUUAUGGGUGGAAUUGCAGAACUUUUUUGAUGAGACUGCAUACACAAAACAAAAAAUGGAAAGGAAAAAAAAAAAAGCCAGGUAGGAAAAUCCUAAUGGCUCUUUUGCAAGUUAUUGAGACAGGGAAUUAAAAAAAAAAAAAAAAUGUCAUAGUGGUGAUAAACAAACUUUGCCAGAAAAGUUUGUUUGUUGCUGCAUGUGUUUGAAGAUAGUAAAGCCAAAGUGUGCUUAAAAAAACCAUUUAAUACAGUGUGGCUAAAAAAGACUGAAAACAUAACUUACUAACUUAAAAACCUGAAUUGUGGCUACUAACAAGAAUAAUAAUAAAACAAAAUUGUAGCAUGCAAGGUAACAUCCUUUCUGAUGGUGUUAAUUGAUCUACACGUAUAUAUUUCUAAGGAUGGAGCUGAGCAGCUGUCAAACCUAUUUCUUGGACUUAAGCAGUGAGCUCCUUGAUUAAAUCUGCAGGUGUCCAUACAGAGGCGCUGGCCUAGCUAAAGAAGGCUGUCUUACUUCUUUUGAUAAGUUGAGUUCAGUGAUUUUGAAUUUUUCACAUCUGCAUCACUAGGAAGACAGCCUUAGGAAAAAAAAAAAA